ACUUUUGUUUGGAAUAAGACUGUCUCUCUUGUGGGAGAUGGGGAGGCAACCCUGCUGCGAUAAGUCAGGACUGAAGCGAGGUCCUUGGACGCUUGACGAGGAUCAAAAGCUCACCAACUUCAUACUCAACAAUGGCAUUCAUUGUUGGCGCAUCAUGCCAAAGCUUGCAGGCCUGUUGAGAUGUGGGAAGAGUUGCAGAUUGAGAUGGACUAACUACCUUCGUCCGGACCUCAAACGAGGAGCCAUUUCUGAAGAAGAAGAGGACCAAAUCAUCCAACUUCAUUCGCGAUUCGGUAACCGGUAUGCAAAUUCUACAUGGCCUUAUCUCUGUAUCAGUUUUCCUCGACUCUUUAUUGCAUUGUUGAUCACUUUGUUCAGGUGGUCUAAGAUAGCAUCGCAUUUCCCUGGCCGCACUGAUAAUGAAAUCAAGAACCACUGGAACACCCGGAUCAAGAAGAGAUUUAAGCUCCUAGGCAUGGAUCCAGCGACUCAUAAGCUCAUAAAUCAGCCUGCUGAUGACUGCGUCAAUCAUCAUCAAUUCACUAACAGUUCUUCACAAGCAUCUGCCUCGCAAGCCCAAGAAAUGAACACAGACGCCAUUCCAGAAUUGAUCGACAUGAAACCCAACAAAAUUGAACUAAGCCUGGAGGACAGAUUCGAUCGUAGUCAAGGCAAUUGGACAUCAAGUGAGAGCUUAAACGCAGAAGGAAUAAACUAUUCUUCCUUCACAACUGAUGGCUCGCUCUUCCCUGCUUCCAUGGACACUUUUCUUAGCAUGAAUGAUUCUUUUCCUCCAUGGGAGACCAUGUUUCCCCUCGAAGACCUUUUUCUAUAAUGAGAAAUUCCUACGAGUUGUCAAACUUUCAUCAGAGCUAGUGAGGCAAGGGAGCAAGAAGAAUUUUGGGCAGAAUAUAUUAUAUGUGAUAGUAUUGGAAU